AUGCACACGUCAUUCCUCUCUGUGUGCGCUGGGCCGCUGCUGCUCGCCUUGGCGGCCAACGCCUGUGACGACUCCAGCGCGCCGGCGCCGACCCCUGAGUACUCGGGUGACUCUUCCAAGGGGACGACCCCGUCGCCCGUGUCCCCUGCAACGUCGCCGACCGACACCGUCGUUGCCUUCGCGGACUCGGAUGACUAUGUCGAACCCGAACCGACAGACGAUGACGGGGAGGUCGAGGACGAAGAGGGCGUGCCGCUUGAAAACGAUGGUGACGGGGAGGUCUGCUCCACCUACGACGAGGAUGUGCAUGUCGCCUAUCUCCUUCCGGAAAUGUGUGAGUGGAACACGUACAUGUGCUGCUGGACCGGCAACGAUGGACCCGACGGGAUGACCUCAAACACCGACGUCUGCCGCGUGUGGGACUACCCGGAGGAGGGAAACUCCCUCGAAUUUCCCCGAGAUUCAGAGGGCUCCGUGUACUGCCACGGGUUCGGAUGGGCAGACGGCGCAGACGUGAACACCAACAUCCUCCCCCUGUACCACUCCGUGAUCAACACCGGCCGCACCGAAGAGGGGGGGUACUACGGAAACGUGGAGGGGGCGCCGCAAUGUGGGUGCCUCGAGGAAAUGCCGGUGGUGUCGUUCUCGGAAUGCUCCAGAUUCGAUGGCGACGGGAUCACGGACUGCGGAGAACACGGGCUGUACAGCAACUACGUGAGCCGCAUCGACGAGCCAAACGGCCCGUUGGAGGACAAUCUUGUGAGGAUUUGCGACAACUACGACGUUCCCGACUUCGACUUCCGCGAGUGCGACAGCCACACGUACAUGUGCUGCUGGACGGAGAACGACGCGAAGGGCGUGCUGGACAACACGGACGUGUGUCGCAUACACGACUACCCGUCGGCGGGCGAGACGUUGGAGUACCCCGGCGACAGCGAGGGAGAUGUGCACUGCCACGGGAUCGUAUGGCCCGAGGACGCCACCGACAAGUACAUCCACCUCCUGGCGCAGUACGUGCAGACCUUCGACCACAUCGGCAACAAGGGCUACUACGGAAACAUCGAGGGCGCGCCCAUGUGCGGCUGCGCCGAGGACAUGCCGGAGGUUAGCAAGGCCGACUGCACCAACUACUCCCCCACUGAGGAGGACGAGGACAGGAUCAGGGGUUGCGAUCCCAACGAUCUCCGCACCCGCUACGAUGUAUUGUACCCCGAUGGGGACCUUGACAACCUCGUCGGCCGCUGCGACAACCAGUAGAGCGUCGCCCUUCCUGUGAUUGUCCGGUCAUUGGUCUUGCGGAAGUUGCCACUGCUGUAGGAUCACACGACUCGAGAUGAGGCGCAGGCUUGCUUGAGAAUCGAGCAUCAGACAUGUGAACAGAGCCGGUCGUGGUUGAGAGGAUUUUAAUUUCCCGGAUGUCAAGUUUUAAGAUGCUCGGCAAGUUGUUCUUCCUGUUGAUGGUUUCGAGUGACCCAAGAAACCUUUCCCAGUUUUGCACAAGGCUUUCAAUUCUAAGCCCCCGGAACAUUUGUAUUUUAACCUUUUUCGGGUCCAGUGGGAUACUUCGUUUUCGUUGUUGGUGCUGCUGGCAUCCCACCCCGUGUUCCUGUGCCCUGUGUCGGCUGGGCCAUCGUACCACCUUACCCCCCCUGGUUCGGUCUCUGUUGGAUGUCAUUGUAAUAUAUUCAACAUGUUCAGUGUUGCUUUCGGGUGUUCGAUGUGUUGAGUUUCGUCGCUUCCCUAUUUGUGUUUCUGGUGUUGUUUCUGUGUUGGAAAAGGUCCUGAUGAGGGCC